GAGGCGCCAAAAGUUUAAAUUUGCUUCAGUUGACGGCGACGGUCUCGAGCGUAAACUCGGUUAGUACAAUAGUUUGGUGUUAUUUGUAGAGUUUCAAUAAUGUCGGACCAACAAUGUGUGAAAGAUGACAUGGCUGAAAACACUUUCCCGGUGUACAAGGUGGACGCUAUCGUGCAGUUCUACCGAACCGAGGUUCUGACCGGACAAGAGGCCAAGCACUUCACCAAGAACGACAUCACCCCGAGCCCGAAGGCAGAAUCCAUUCAGAGAGUCUACAUGAGGGUUCUGCAGCUUCUGUUUCGCUUCAGACCCGAGUGCCAUUACACUGUGCCCCUGUCGGAGAACCUGCAGCACCCCAUGCUGUACGAGUGGGUGUCCCCGAUCAUGAGUGUGUACAUGCGCAUGUGCGAGUUCUUACCGUUGUGUCAUGUGUUUGAUUUCUCCCUCAAUGACUUGCUCAACCCUAAGAGCAAGCGGACGAUCGUUAUACUGAGUGCGAUCCAGAACUACCUGCACUUCAGAAAGCAGAGGAUGGAGACUAUUGCAGACCACCAGCAGAGUUUUCGGUCUGUUAUGGACCGACUCCAGACAUACACCAGAGAAAUAAAGGAAGCAGAGAAAAAGAUUGAGAAACUGACGACCAUUCCCCCGGAGCAGCAAGCCGAGGCUAAAGAGCUAGCGAGUGCGCUGGCCGAGCUGGCCACUAGCAUGCAGCACGAGUACCAGGAUGUGAACACAAUGAAUGAAGCGGUUGCACAGUGCAAGACUGAGAUUGCUGAGCUCUCACAGAAACUGACUCAGAGGAGAGUGGACGUGACCACACUGAAGGAUGAGCUGGUCAAGCUGAAGUCUCAGAUCGUGGAGUCCCCUGAAGAACUCAAGAAUGAGAUGGAGAGGAUGAAGGAGAACGUCAAGAGCAUUAGGAUGUCAAAGGAGCUGGCGGACGAGCGGCUGGUGGAGCUGCAGAUGCUGGUGCAGUGUGCAGGACAGGUGGAGGCAGAGAUCCAGGUGUUGCUCAAGCAGCAGCAGGACUUGCAGGGGAGCAUGUGUAAGACCAACCAGCAGAAGGAGGAGGUCCAGAGCUUGGCAGCCAUGUAUGAAGCCUUGCAAAAGGAGCUGAAGAACCUGAGCAGUGAAGAAGCCCAGCUGAAGAGGGCUCUGGCCAUGAAGCUGGACAAGGAGUCCAAACAACAGAUCCGUCGACAGAAGAAGAAAGAGGUGAAGGAUCAGCACGUCAAAAAUAUUUACGGGCAAUAUGACAAAAUCCACCAGAAACGAGAGGAAAUUGUGAAAAUGAUUGAAGAAAGCAACCGUGAAACUAAAAUGUUCAGGGAGAAGAUGCAGAAGCUGAGAGAAAAGUGCAACCAGCAAACUCAAAAAGCACAGGAAUUCUAUGAGCGUCUUCUCACGACUCUGGAGCAGUACAACAAGCGGAUCGAGAGCAUUGUGGUGGAGACCAAUGCAGACACCUUAAAAAUGAAAUCGCAUUUCUAGAUCUGUUUUAUACUCCUCACUGUUUCUUCAAAUUCCUGCAUUUGUUCACUGUUUUGUCAUUUCUAAAUGUUUCUUGCUAAUAGAAUUGUUUUGAAUGUUAGGUAGCAAAAAGUCACUUAUUUGGUCCUUGUACAGCAAAUAGUCUUGACUCCUAAAAACGGACUUGUUGUUUUAUAAAACACAUUUAUUGGGAA